AUGAACCAGGAAGCGUCGGGAGCGUCUCCGAGCCAGGCGGGUUCGCCUGAAGUUGCUCACUCCAUGGGGGACGGGUUUUCUUUGCAUGAGCUCUUGGGAAUGAUUCGAGAAAAGGAUCGUUUGUUAACGGACCUCUUGGGACGACUUGCCCUUCCGGCGCAGUCAGGCGCAGCGGACGUGAGCGGCGUGGCGACGUUCCAGGUGAUGCCUGACCUCUGUAAGAACAUAUCCAAUUUCGACGGAGGCGAGGACGCAGCAGCAGCGCGAGACUGGAUUGAGAACCUAAAGAGGACGGCGACUCUUCAUAAGUGGCCGACACCUUUUCUCCUGGAAACGGCAAAAUCACAUCUCACAGGAGCUGCCAAAGACUGGUUACGCUCACGCCAUGCAGAAAUUGCGUCGUGGGAAGAUCUAGAGUACCAGUUUCGACGAACAUUCGUUCGCCAGACCCGAGCAGCGGAACGCUGGAGGAGAAUGCAAGACCGCGUCCAACAGCGAAACGAGAGCACGAUUUCCUACUUCCAUUCGAAGAUUCGUCUUUGUGGAGAGGCAAACCUCGACUUCUGCGAUACUCGCGAGCAAGUACUCACCGGCUUGCGUUCGCGACAACUGUGCACCAUGUUAAUGGGGAGAACACACGAGGACGGUGAUGACCUCCUACACGACAUACAGGAAUUCGAAAGGAUCGAUAGGGAGCGACAAGAGCGCUUCGGUGGACAGCGUGAAAAAGGGGCUGCUACCGACACACCGCGAAACAGAGACCCGGGUAUGACGUCUGUCAAGAAAACCGUUGACGAGAGAGACAACAAGGAUAAGAGAUCACCAAUACACAACGAAAAGGGUGAGCGUAAGUGCUACAACUGCUCACGGUUCGGUCACAUUGCGCGUGACUGUCCAGAGCCAAAGCGCCCACUAAAGUGCCUGAGCUGUGGAAAAACCGGGCACACUCAGCGUCACUGCAUCGAAAGAGCUCCAAGGAGUGAGACCAACGCCGUAAGCAACUCAAAAGAGAGGAGUUUCUCUGAAGUGCUCCUUAAGCAAGUCACAUGGAAUGGCGACAAAAAGCUCAUUGGAAUGAUUGACACCGGAAGUUCCGGAUGCCUCUUGCGCGCGUCUGCGGCGGCGCGUUGCGGUGCUGAGCUGAUGAGAGACGCAACACCUCUUUAUGGAUUCGGUAACCAGGACGUCCCAGCAGUAAGGACAAUUGGUAAAUGCAAAGCAGACUUGGAUAUUGACGGUGUUACCGGGAAGGAUAUCACAAUUUUUGUUGUACCAGACGAGGCCCAGUCGGUCGACCUGCUCGUUGGUCGAACUUUCACCGAGCUCCCGUACGUGACCUAG